CUCCUCCCCUUUCUGCUCACAGAGAAACUCUUGCAAGUUCCCCUAUCUGUCAGAACCAGUUCCUCCAUUUAAGAUGAUGGCUUGUUUAAGUGGAAGGAGGACUUAGCUGUUUACCUAUAAGGAACACAAUGGGAGAUUUGUUGCUGAUUUGUGGCUGAUAGACAUCUUCAGAUAGCUGAGAUAGAGCCAGGCUCAGCUGGGUUUUGGGGUUGGAGUCCAGCACUCGUCGCCCCCUGCAGCUCUUACGUCUCUGGGAGCACAAACACGUUGAGGACACCGAGAAGGAGCAGAGUGCCACACAUGGAGCUGUAGGGGCACCAUCAGAUGUGUGUUGAGAAGAAGACCUCUGCAAUGAACAAGCCCAAAAGGAAAUCCAACGUGGAAAGCCCCCGUAUGCUGAAGAGCAAGAAGCUGGUCCCGCGCAGGAGGAACACAUGUCCCAGUCCUCAGGACAUCACUCGGGCCCUGCAGAGUUCCAGCCCGGCCCCCAGCGCCAACGCCGCCAGCCUGGACGAGCUCAUCCAGCGCUGCCUCAACUGCUUUGAUUCAGACGCCAAGGUAUCCAGCCCCAGAGGGUCCCAGCUGGUCCACAUGACCCUGAUGAUGCACUGCUGGGUUGUGCCCUCUCAGACGUUUGCCCAAAAACUUCUCACGCUGUAUAAGGACUGUCCGUAUGAGAAGAGGGCUCAGAGGAGAACGCAGAUCUGUCACCUGGUCAGGCAGUGGAUCAGCCAGUUUCCAGAGGUGUUCGAGGCAGACCCCCUUCUGGAGCACACCAUGGGGGACCUGUGGGCGCUGGUCCGGUCAGGCGGUGAGGAGACGCGCUCUCAACUCAUUGAUGCCUCCUGCCUCAGCACUCUCGUGGAAGUAUCCCAGGCGCCCACACCCUGUGUCAAGAAGAGGAAGGUGUCUUUGAUCUUCGACCACAUGGAGCCGGACGAGAUGGCUGCACAUCUCAGCUACCUGGAGUUCAAAAACUUCUGUAAAGUCUCUUUUAUGGACUACCGCAGCUACGUGGUUCGAGGCUCAGUGAGGCACAACCCGGCUCUGGAGCGCUCAGUCAUGAUGUGUAACGGCGUGUCACAGUGGGUGCAGCUGAUGAUCCUCAGCAGACACACGGCCCAGCAGAGAGCUCAAGUCUUCACCAAGUUCACCCACGUGGCUCAGAAACUCCGGGCGCUGCAGAACUUUAACACUCUGAUGGCAGUGACCGGAGGCCUGUGUCACAGCUCCAUCUCACGCCUCAAAGACACUGCCAACCUGCUGCCGCCUGACAUCACUAAGUCUCUGAGUGAGAUGACAGAGCUCCUCUCCUCCCGCAGCAACUACAGCAACUACCGGCGGAUUUACAACGAGUGCAGCGGCUUCAAGGUGCCCAUCCUGGGCGUGCACCUGAAGGACCUGAUCUCGCUGAAUGAGGCCCUGCCGGACUACCUGGACGAGGAUAAGAUCAACCUGAGCAAGCUCCAGCACAUUUACAGCAACAUCAACGAGCUGCUGGACAUUCAUAACUGCACGCCGCCCUUUGAGGCCAACAAGGACCUCCUGCAUCUGCUCACGCUCUCUCUGGAUUUAUACUACACCGAGGACGAGAUUUAUGAACUCUCGUAUGCCAAGGAACCCAAAAACCCCAAGAUCCAGCCUGUAGCUCCAGUCAAACCUCCAGUGGUGGCAGAGUGGGCUUCAGGGGUCACGCCGAGGCUCGACCCCGACACCAUUUCUAAACAUGUCAAGCAGAUGGUGGAUUCCAUCAUGAAAAACUACGACCAGAACCAGGACGGUUACAUUUCACUUGAGGACUUUGAGAAAAUUGCAGCAAAUUUCCCCUUCUCCUUCUGCACGCAUGAAACUGACAGACAGGGACAAAUUAGCCAUGAUGAAAUCACCUCUUACUUCAUGAGGGGAAUGUCUGUAUGUGCCAAGCUUGGGUACAACUUCAAUGAUGUACACAACUUCCACGAAAUCACAUACAAGCGGCCGACGUUCUGCGACAGCUGUCGGGGUUUUUUGUGGGGAGUCAUCAAACAGGGAUACCACUGUAAAGGCUGUGGAAUAAACUGCCACAAACAAUGUAGGGAUCUGGUGAAAAUGGAAUGUGUGAAAAAACACAAAGGCUCAGGUGGUUCCUGUCCGUGCACGCCCGUACCCGACUCCAAAACCAAGGCCAGCAGCUACAGUUCAGAGGAGGAUAUGUUUGUUUUCCCUCAAAGUACGGAAACAGAACAUAACAAGGGCACUUGUGUUUUGAAGACUAACGGUGGUAUAAUGACGCUGUCAGACUGCUCCACUCAGACGGAUCCUGGAGUGUGGACGCCGGAGAAAAGGGACAAGAAGGGAAGCCAAAACUGCGAUCUCCUACCUGGGUCUGUGGAACGAAAGGUCCACACGUUGCCCCACAGAAUCCCGGGCCGCUCCAUGACUGUGAACAUCCUACAGCACAAGUUAGAGGAGCUGCACCUCCACUCCGACAAGAGCAGAGAGCCGGACUGAGCGCUCCUCCUGCCAGCACACACAUCCAGACACGUCUGAAGGCUGUUGACAUUUACAGGACAAUGACAUGUCACUUGUGGCCAAUGGACUCUUGACAUUUCAUGUUUUUAUUUGGCUUCGAACCCCAGCUGUCCAUCCUCCUGUAAUUUAUGAAUACCUUGCUUUGUGAGUACAGGUGCCUUGGUCUUCCGGUGCUAAAUGGUCACAGCCACCUACAGUGAUGAAAGUUUCCUCAUCCACAGGGGAGGAAACUGACACUAACUUCAGCCAAAAUUUUUUUUGUAACACUGGCAGCUAUAUAUGAGUUCCGUGCUGGCGACUAAACGAUGAAUGAAGCUUGUGAUUCAUCAGCCACUGCAACCAGCAACGUUUGUUUCCUGCUCUCACGUGCCUGUCUCACGUUCACGUCUGCACUGUACGAUCCACAUCAGCAAAGUGCUUUUAUGUUUUGUUCUUUGUCCAAGAUUUCACUGUUCUGUUUAAAGAUCAGAAAAAUACAACAGUGACAAUUCAGCGCAUGUUGUGUUUGACUCGACUCGACUUGGACGCACAGAAAGAAAACCAUCACACACACGUACAGCCGUAUAGAAUAACAUUUAUUGUAUAAAGACAAGAAAGAGCUUCUGUGACUAAUGACUAGGUGUUCUUUAGAACGGGUAGAAAAAAAAAUGAGUUUGACAGAGCAAGAUUUAUCUAUGACUCAAUGAACGGCAAUCACAUCAAAGAGAUUAAAAAAAAAAUGCACAUAAAAACUACUUAACGCGCUGCAAAAAUAUUCUGCUUAAAGGUGAUUAAACACUAUAGCAUCAACACCUAUUUAAAAAAAAAGUUGCAUAAUGGAGAAAACUACUGGGAGUAAAUAAUGUUCAGUGGACUGAAAAUAAAGGAGGGAGGAAAAAAGCAGAAAGGGGGCCGUGGGGGGUCAAAAGCAUGCACUUUGUUCUUGUUUAAGCUUCUCAAAACAAGCAAAAUGAUUCAGGAUUUGCUGUACUUUUCCUAUCCCAUGUCUUUUCAAGAUGCACGUUAGGAAACAUGUUCAGCCUGCAGGAGGUGUGGAGCGUGUGAGCCGUGACAUGCCCACACCUGCUGCACAUAAACAACAAUUACAGCAAACAUCAUAUCGUGGCUGCAAGUAAGACUUCGUUCAGUAAAAAAAGAAAAGAAAAAGAAA